AUUCCUCUCCACUACAUUUUAUAAUCAUGGAAUGAAGAUAAAGAAGUGAAACUAACUUGUUAUUGUUCAUUCUGAGCAUCGUGUUCAUGUCGAGUGAUGAAACGUAAUGUUCAUAACUCUGUUCACCUGAGUGUAGAAACACCUGCAACUGUUAAGAGUUGUGUUUUUGAUGAAGUGUAUUCUCUCUACUGGUUGUAUAGAAGUCUACGCGUCAUGAGUUAAAGCUGCAUUCUCUCUACUGGUUGUAUAGAAGUCUAUGCUUCAUGUGUUAAAGCUGCAUUCUCUCUACUGGUUGUAUAGAAGUCUAUGCUUCAUGUGUUAAAGCUGCAUUCUCUCUCCUGACCACCCGGGGGCGACUCCUCUGGUUGUAUAGAAGUCUCUGCUUCAUGUGUUAAAGCUGCAUUCUCUCUACUGGUUGUAUAGAAGUCUAUGCUUCAUGUGUUAAAGCUGCAUUCUCUCCCCUGACCACCAGAGGGCGACUCCUGGCGAUGCUGACGACCCAGAGCCAGAACUGCUACCGAGAGCAGAUCCAGAAGGAGAUGUUGACCCGCUUGUCCUGGAAGAGCCGCUAUGCCCAUCGCUACCCGACCUGCGGCGGCGACCCCCCGGGCGCCGGCCCCGAGCCGACCCGCCUGCCACAGCUUUCCCACAUGGCGGCCCCGCCUCCCGUCAGCAGGACGACCCAGAAGCAGAGUGCCUUUCCUCCUCCUCCUCCUCCUGCUCUUCCUCCUCCUCCUGCUCUUCCUCCUCCUCCUCCUCCUGUGCUCUCCUUGGAAGGAGAUGGCCGUCUCCGUGUGACGCCUCUGAUGAGGCCAGUUUCUCCUCAGACCAGACGAGCUCUCUAUGAGGACUCAUCGCACCACGGAAAAGGGCGGAGUCUGUACCUGCAGAGGCGGGGCCACGUGAGGCCCGAGGAGAAGUUCGACUUCCCUCUGCUCUCGUCCUGGGAGUACGGGUGGAGGCUGGGUGACUUCACUCUGGACUACAGGACUCCGGCCCGCGCCAAGUCCUCGGUGGUGAAGAACACCUUCUACGCCCGGAACGGCAUCUUCGGCAGCCUGUCGGCCACCGACGCGCUGGGCUGAAGUUCACCUCCGGGCCACCAGGGGUCGCUCUUUUAGUGAGAAUGGCUCAAAGCAGACAGGAUCUUUAUGUGAUGACACCAUUUUGUUUCGAGACGCUCCCUGAUGUGAACAACAAAUGUUCCACCGGUUAAAGUCACAGUUAGAAACUAUUUUGGGAUCAUGACAAAUGGCAUUCUUUGGAUAAAAUCUUGGUACUUGAUCAAUAAUGAACAGAAAUAUUAUUAAAUCUCACAGUUUGUCGUGUGUUUUGCAAAACCUUCUAGAUGUUGUUGUGUUUGGGUGAUUUGAUUAAAACGCUUUGGUUGGAUCGAACAUAUUUUAAAUAUCUCAUAUUGUCAUGUUGACGAGGGUCUUGGUGUGAAUGGUGCUCGUCUACUUCCUGUCUGCUUACCACCCACACGGCUGGGAGGUUAAGUGUCCUCCAACCCGAUCCUGUGGGAUGGAUAAUGAAUGAACACCUGGCCAGGUAUCAGUCACAAAGACGAUCCGAUACCUCAGUGCUUUAAACAGGAGGAGGAAAUGUUACUAAACCCUCGGUAACUACAUUCAGGCAAGCAGAGCGGUUUCAUUCCUGUUGUGAGGAUGUAUUAACAAAGUAUGAAUAAAGUAUUAAUGAAGUAUUAACAAAGUAUAAAUAAAGUAUUUAUAAAGUAUACACUUAUUUAAUGUUUAGAUGAGCUCAUCAUUUUCUUUCUUUCUUUUGGUCACGUCUCAUGGGGUCAUCGGACCCUAUGAGACGGCAUAGAUCCUAUCUGCUGAUGGAUCAUCGAGGUCUGGGUCGUGGAGUUCCUGCUACCAACUACGCCACUGUCCUGUUUAGACUCCGCCCACUGUUGAGACUCCGCCCACUGUUGAGACUCCGCCCACUCCUCCUCCCCACCGCCAUCUGCCUGAUGGAUCGUGGAGGUCUCCAUCGUGGAAUAUGCCUACUAUGAACUAUUCAUACACUGUCAUAUUCAUUGAAUGUAUUUUAACUCUAAAUCUGUCCUUCUGGUCACAUGACAUCUAUUGCAUCUGUCCAUCCUGGAGAGGGAUCCUCCUCUGUUCUCUCCUCAAGGUUUCUUCCCUUUUUUUCCCCUGAAGGGUUAUUUGGGAGUUUUUCCUGGUCCGAUGUGAGGUUUUGGGGCAGGGAUGUCUAUGUGUACAGAUUGUAAAGCACUCCGAGACAAAUUUGUAAUUUGUGAAAUUGGGCUAUACAAAUAAACUGAAUUGAA